AUGCUCUACCAGGGUCUCAUUCCAUGGGCCUGGAUCGAAGCCUCCACCAAAGGAGCCGUCCUUCUCUUCGUCGCUUCCGAAGCCGAAUACUACGCCAAGUCAUUCGGCGCCCCCGACUUUCUCGCCGGUAUCUCUGGUGGUAUGACGGGUGGUCUCGCUCAAGCCUAUGCCACCAUGGGUUUCUGCACUUGCAUGAAGACGGUCGAGAUUACAAAGCACAAGGUCGCAGCCACCGGUGCGAAGCCUCCGGGUACGCUCGAGACAUUCAUGGGCAUCUGGCGCGCGGAGGGUCUCCGCGGUAUCAACCGUGGUGUCAACGCCGUUGCGGUGCGCCAGGUCACCAACUGGGGAUCCCGCUUCGGUCUGUCUCGUGUUGCGGAAACCGGUAUUCGCAAGGUUAUGGACAAGCAGCACGGCGAGAAGCUCAGCGUGAUUGAGAAGAUCACCGCUUCAGCUCUCGGUGGUGGUUUGAGCGCGUGGAACCAGCCUAUUGAGGUUAUCCGCGUGGAGCUUCAGUCCAAGACUGUUGACCCCAACCGCCCCAAGAACCUGAAUGUUGCAUCUGCGUUCAAGUACAUCUACUCGAACAACGGUAUCAAGGGUCUUUACCGUGGCGUUACUCCUAGAAUCGGUCUUGGCGUUUGGCAGACGGUCUGCAUGGUUGCUCUGGGUGAUGUGUAA